CACCGUGUCUGACGGAGUGAAGAAUAAAGAACGCGAAGCGACCACUGAUCCAUUCGUUUCCGGAUGGAAAAUCGUCGACGUCGACGUUAAUGAAUCGCCGUUCAACGUCGAAGCACUAUCCGACCCAAGACGAAAUCCAUUCGAUGUGCAGUCGGACAACUGUGAAUUAUGCUUGUCCCUACAGCGAAAUGCUGUCUAUUUCACCGCCGAGAUGCUAUUGCCGGCUCUUGUCACCUCGCUAUUCACCGUCGCUUCUGUAUUCUUCCAGCUAUCGAAAACACAGGCAAUGCUGUUGGGCUUCUCAGUUGUUUCGCAGAUACUCGACCUUAUCCUUAUUUCACAACGACUUCCAAGCUUCACCGCUCAUACACCUACAAUAUGUGGUUUUCCAAAUCAAAAAUUGAGUUUAGUGAAAUUCGCCGGUUUCAACCUUGUGAUGACGGCAGUUCUGUUCGUUGUUUCGCUGGUUUUGGAACGACUUGCCUCCACACCAUCAGAAAUUCCUCCUCCUCACUCGGUCGAUCGAGUGGUGCAACUUAUUGAUCGAAUUCUACCGUUGCCUAAGGUGGGUGCUGCUGUACUGGAUGCUUCUUAA